AUGACAAUUGAAAAACAACCAGCUAUCUUUUAUAUUCACGCCGCCUUAUUUGAUUGUGACGGUACAUUAGUCAAUUCAACUGGUGCGAUUUCUGAAUUUUGGAGAAAUUUCGGUAAGACUAGACCCCACGUGAAUCCAGAAGAAAUCAUUAGAACUUCCCAUGGAUGUCGUACAUAUGAUGUGAUUGCCAAAUGGUCCCCAGAAGAUGCAAUCGAAGAACAAGUUACUGCCUGGGAAGGUGCAAUUCCAGAUACUUUCGGUCAAUAUGCUAAGCCAAUCCCAGGUGCUGUUGAGUUAGUUAAAUCAUUUGAUAAAUUAUCUAAAGAAGCAACUGAUGAUGGAAGACAACGUUGGGCUAUUGUUACCUCUGGUACUUUACCUUUAGCUUCUAAAUGGUUAAAAUUAUUAACUAUUGAACAACCGGAUGUUUUCAUUACUGCUGAAAAAGUUACUAAAGGUAAACCACAUCCUCAAGGUUAUCAAGCUGCUAGAAAUACUUUAGGUUAUGAAGCAAGUCAUAAGAAGGUUGCUGUCUUUGAAGAUGCCCCAGCCGGUAUUUCUGCUGGUAAAGGUGCUGGUGCCAUGGUUGUUGGUAUUUGUUCAACUUAUGAUCCUGAAAAGGUUAGAAAAUCAGGUGCUAAUAUUGUGGUUAAAGAUUUAUCUUCAUUUACAAUUGAUUCUUAUAAUAAAGAAACUGAUGAAUUUAAAGUUGUUGUACAUGAUUAUUUCCAUGCAGAUGAAGAAUAUUUACAAGAAGCUUACUAA